ACGUAAUCAAGGUCAGUGGGUGUGGCGAUGUUUUGUUGGUUCGGGUAUAAGUUUUGUGGUGCUCAUGCAUUUUUCAUCCAAAUGAAAAACCAUGUUGACGUCAUCGUCAUUUUGUUCAGUGCGGUUGGAAUGUGGCUAUCUGAAUUUCCGAAAUGUUCACAGUAAAUGGGUUAAUCCAGAAAUUUCUGAAUGUUUCGUUGAUGCAUAUUUAUUUUCAGGUCAGUUAGGGUUACUAAAGACAGCUCAUCAUUCGGCGCUCUCUUUAGUUCGGAAUCAAAUGUGUAUGAUUUGGUUAACAGCUCGUAUGGCGUAGAAUAUACGCCUUCCACUACUGUAUUGGGUAUACUUCUAUAUGCCAACUGGGACGCUGACUCAAAUAAAGUUAGAUCAACUUUUGAGGCUGUGCAAAACAUGAUUCCAUACAAUAUCUUUGCAGUCAAUUGCGGUUUAUCAUCCUCCUUAUGUGGAAAAACACAUAUAGUGAAACAUUUUCCUCUGCUGAAUGUUCACACUUCUCCAUCAGUCACAGCCCAAUACUCAGGACCAUUUACGAUCAGUCAUUUACUCAAGCUUUUUCAAUUUGUCAGCUUUCCGUUGAAAAGCAUCAACAAUUUGGAAGACCUGCAACUCCUCUUACUAAAUCAUAAAGUGAUUGCUCUCGGAUCUUUUGACCUCCAAAACAUACAGAAUGUGUCUUAUUUUGAUCGCAUGUAUCAGGUAUCUGUAGAGACCAAAUAUCGAGAAACUCCACUACAGAUGAACAAAGACAUUGCGUUUUCUAUGGCCACCUUUACUGAUUUGUAUCAUUCUAAUUUUACUGAAACGAAACCACACCUUACUCUGAUUACUUCGUGUGGCAACACUUCUUAUGUCGAUGUUCAGCGUUUCGAUGAUCGUGGUUUGCGAAAUUUGCUGUCUGAGAAGAUGCUCGAUUCUCAAAAACGUAGUACUACUACCUGCUUUAAUCCAGUGGAUAUAACCCCUUUGAACAAUGAACGCUCUAACUUAUGGAAUAAUAUAUUGAGAAAAGCGCCUAUACUUUUGUUGAUUGGCCCUCACAUGUCUUUGGCUGAGCCAAUGGACUUACCUCUAUACUUGUUAAAAGUCCUAAGGCUUUCUUACUUUCCACAUGACAAGUGUCACACGUUCGUGGUAAAUCCGUCAUUUUCAAAUCUCAAUUUGAAUCUCACCAUGAGGAAUUCUCUGGAAGUUCUGAACAAAGGUGCGAUUGUUGCAGCACGUAAGCGGUGCAAACUAGCAGCUUACUGUCCAAAAUGGUGGAGUUUUAUCAGCUCCCACAUCGGAAUCCGUAACGAAAGUAUUUGUGAGCUACGCAAAGGGUUUUCCGAAUUUGUGACUGAUGAUGAUUCUUCAGAUCACAAGCUUGAUUUACUUCAGAGUCAUAAACUGAACUCGACUGCAUCAAAAAUCCUUGGGUUACUUAAAAACCAUACAGUUGGAGACAAUAUUAUCAAGUAUGCUGUCAGUCUGUUGUAUGAAAUUUCUCUUUAUGAUAAACAGAAUGAAAUGUAUUCGUCAUUACCCAAUGAUCAUUAUAGAAUCGAUAGUGGAUUAGUUGUGGAACAAUUAAAUUUUAUGUGCUGUCAUUGGUAUCAUGUUGAUCGUUUGGUUAAUAUGCAUGAAAAAUUUGAUAGUGAAUGUCAGUUAAACCCAAUACUUGCGGAUAUAUCGUAUGAGAAUUUGAAGAACUCAGUUAUUUACAACUUAGGUUGUUCAUUAAACAGAACAUUAGAAUUCCAUUCACUAGAUUCAUACAUGCAACCAACAUUAGCUUGGGAAAUUGGUGGAUAUUCAAAUGAUUCCAGUUGGCUUGAUUCUAGUAGAUGGGGCGCUGCAAUUAUUGAUUUACAGAAUGAAAAUGUUUUUCGUCUUGAAGAAGCUGUGAAUUUUCAGUCUAUGAGUCGAUUCAUUGCAAGUUUUCAUAAUUCUACUCUACGACCUUGGCUACGAUAUCCAAAAGCUAGUCGACAUACGUCCGUCAACUCUACAAUUUCUAGCGAUUUACUUAUUCUUACUGUUAACAGUUCCAUGCACUUAACAAAUCUAAUUGAUCAAUCAUCUAGUUUGGAAAAUUCAAGGAAAAAUCUAAUUUUACUUUAUUAUUCAUCAACAUGCAUCUAUUCAUUUGGUGGAAAUAGUGCUUUAUGGCAAUUUGAAGCAACAGCUCGGUUUUUUAAAUCAAACCAAUAUCUGUUGUUUGCUAAAGUGGACGUGUCGAAAAUGGAUCUCCCUUGGCAUCUUAGAGUUGAGAAUGUUCCUUGUAUAAUAUUUUUCCCUGCCAAUCGAUCGUCUUAUUCAUCUCUUUUUCCUAUGGAAGCAAUAAGUUCAACUGAUCUCUUUCCUCAACUAGUCAGUUUUAUCUAUGAAAAAAUGAACACAGAACAAAGUGAACAGGAACAAUUAAAACAAUUUCAAAAUAGUUCACAAUUCGCCUCCAAAAUUACAUCACAAUUAAUAAACAAUAUCAAGAAUAAAUCAACUAGUAAAUUCAUGCAAUUAUUGAAUGAAACAGUUAGAAUUUGUAGUAUUCAACCACUAUCUUAUUCAAAGACCUUAUGUUUCAGCGGUAUACACAAGGCUGUCUUCAUAAUAUCACAUGAAUUCAAUGAGAAACAGUUGAUUUUGUCGAAAUUGUUAACUAGUCUAAGUGAAAAAUUAAAUCAGAUCAAUGAUAAACUGGUAGAAGGCUUUUCUUUUCUUUCUCGAUUAUCAUUCUUCUCUGUUAAAAAUUAUUUAUUGUAUGAAUCAAUGCAGAUGUAUUCAAGGCUGUGGAAUGUAAUUAAUAAACAAAAUUCUCAAAUGAUAGAUAAGUUGAACAUUUUAUCGAAUUAUACACAUUUGCAAUUGUAAAUGUUUUGGUUUUUGUACUUUACCAUUUCAAAUUUUCGAAAGAGAAUUCUUUUUUUUUUUUCCAGGCUUCUUCUAUAUAACAUAACAUAAUAGAUGUGUAUGCACGCUAAACUAUUAUAACUAAUUCUCUAUUUCAAUUAUUCAGGUCCUUUCGUGAUUUUCUCAUAUAUAUAUAGUAUGUAUAUUUCUGGUUGUUUUUGUCUUUCGAAUGAAUUUGUAAAAUAUGAGAG